UCAUGUGACACACAGUCACGUGAUCCACCUCCACCCCUUCUGGGUCGCGCUGCAGGGGUUCGAUUCCGGAACUCUGAGGUUCUCCACCAGUGCUGGCAUUGCCCCUGUGGAGCCCGCAGAGACGCGGGCCGAGAUGAUGAACCGGACGACCCCAGACCAGGAGCGGGCUCCGACCUCCGAGCCCGUGUGGGAGCGGCCCUGGUCGGUGGAGGAGAUCCGCAGGAGCAGCCAGAGCUGGUCGCUGGCCGCUGAUGCGGGACUACUACAGUUUCUACAGGAAUUCUCACAACAGACUAUCUCUCGGACCCAUGAAAUCAAGAAACAAGUGGAUGGACUAAUUCGGGAGACUAAAGCCACUGAUUGUCGCUUGCAUAAUGUCUUCAAUGAUUUCCUUAUGCUGUCCAAUACCCAGUUCAUUGAGAAUCGUGUGUAUGAUGAAGAAGUGGAGGAGCCAGUGCUCAAGAUUGAGGCAGAAAAAACAGAACAGGAGAAGACCAGGGAACAGAAAGAAGUAGAUCUGAUUCCUAAAGUCCAGGAGGCUGUGAACUAUGGUUUGCAAGUAUUGGAUAGUGCAUUUGAGCAACUUGACAUAAAAGCAGGCAACUCGGACUCUGAAGAAGAUGAUGCUAAUGAGCGGGUGGAACUGAUCCUUGAACCUAAGGAUCUAUACAUUGAUCGUCCUUUACCCUAUCUCAUUGGGUCAAAGCUGUUCAUGGAGCAGGAAGAUGUAGGACUUGGAGAGCUGUCUAGUGAAGAGGGUUCUGUAGGCAGCGAUCGUGGCAGUAUUGUGGACAGUGAAGAAGAGAAAGAAGAGGAGUCUGAUGAUGAUUUUGCCAAUCAUAGUGACAAUGAUCAAAACCAGAACACUGCACAAAUGAGUGAUGAAGAGGAAGAGGAGGAUGGUGACCUUUUUGCUGACUCUGAGAAGGAAGAGGAAGACAUUGAAGAUAUUGAAGAAAAUACUAGACUAAAAAGACCUACAUCAUUUGCCGAUGAGCUGGCAGCCAGGAUCAAAGGGGAUGCCUCUAAUCGACUAGAAGAGGAGCAAAUAGGAGAGGCAAAAUCCCGGAAGACAUUAAAAGAGAAGAAGGAAAGGAGAACACCUUCGGAUGAUGAAGAAGAUAGCUUAUUUGCAGCCCCCAAGUUGACAGAUGAAGACUUCUCACCAUUUGGUUCUAGAGGCGGACUGUUCAGUGGAGGACAAGGACUUUUUGAUGAUGAUGAGGAGAGUGACCUCUUCAGGGAAGUCCCCCGGGAUCAGCAACCCCAAGCCCCCGUUAAUGAAGAGUCUUCAUCCACCAAACCUGGAAAGAAAAUCCCAGCAGGAGCUGUGUCUGUGUUUUUAGGGGACACUGAUGUAUUUGGGGCCACCUCUGCUCCAUCACUGAAGGAGUCCCAGAAACCUGAGCAGCCCACUCCAGGGAAGACCUCACACCUCCCAGCUCCUGCUGGCCUCUUCGAUGAUGAUGAUGAUGAUGAAGAUGACUUUUUUGCAGCAUCCUGCAGCAAACCUUCCAAGACAGAAAAAGUCAAAUCCACCAAAUCCACUGCCAGUAUCUUCGAUGAUGAAGAAGGAGAUCUGUUCAAAGAAAAAGCAGCAGCUUUGCCAGAAGCUACUGUGAAUCAGACAGAUGAAAACAAAGCAAGGGCAGAAAAAACGGUUACAGUACCUUCUAGCAAAAAUCUCAAGUUCUUGUCAGAAACAAAGACUCAGAAAGGUUUAUUUUCGGAUGAGGAGGACUCUGAGGAUUUAUUUUCUUCUCAAAAUGCAAGUAAGUCCAAAGGUGCAUCUCUCCUGCCCAACAAACUACCCACGUCAGUCUCCCUUUUCGAUGAUGAAGAUGAAGAGGAUAAUCUUUUUGUGGUUCCAGCUGCUACAAAGCAGACAUCAUCUCUACAAACUCAGAGUCAAGAGAAAGUAAAACCCUUGGAGCAGUCCAAAAAGAAAGCAUCUACUUUGUUGUUCAGCAGUGAUGAAGAGGACCAGUGGAAUAUUACUGAUUCACAGACCAAGUCAGCAUCUGACAGCAGGUCCAAAGGAGAACUCUGGGACUCAGGAACCAACCAGGGCCAGGAGGCCAAGGUGGUGAAAAAAACGAGUCUCUUUGAAGAGGAUGAUGAAGAUGAUCUAUUUGCUAUUGCCAAGGACAGUCAAAAGAAGACCCAGAGAGCAUCACUCCUCUUUGAAGAUGACGCUGAUAGUGGAAGCUCUCUAUUUGGCUCUCCUCCUGCAUCUGUUCCUCCUGCAGCAACGAAGAAAGAGACUGUCCCUGAGGUGCCACCUUUGCUGUUCAGUGAUGAAGGUGAGAAGAAGACACAAGUUGGAGUGAAACCCACAGAUAAGAAUGUCGAGAGUGCCAAAGCAUCAUCAGACUCGGGGAAAAUUGACACGGCUAUGACAGCAGGAAAGGAAGGACUUUUGACUACAUCUGCUCAGGAUGCAGCCAAGAAUUCUGAUUUAUUUUCUUCAUCGUCUUCAUUAGACAAAGGAACCAAGGGUAGAACCAGAACUGUUCUUAGCUUGUUUGAUGAUGAAGAGGAUAAAAUGGAAGAUCAAAACAACAUUUCUGCUCCACAGAAAGAAGUAGGAAAGUUCCAGUUACCCACAGUCAACUAUACCCUGAAAAUCUUAAAUGGGAAAUUCCAGAAAUUUGGUCAAGAUCCUGAUGCCCGCCCCAAGAGCACAGGUGUGUUUCAGGACGAAGAGCUCCUCUUUAGUCACAAGCUCCAAAAGGACAAUGACCCAGAUGUUGACCUUUUUGCUGGCACCAAAAAAACGAAGUUGUCAAAGCCAAGCACUGGGAGCCUGUUUGGUGAUGAUGAAGACGAUGAUCUUUUCAGCUCUGCUAAGACCCAGCCUGUGGUACCAGAAAAAAAGAGGGUAGUGAAAAAAGACCACUCUGUUUCCUCUCUCAAGAACCAAAAACAUCCAGAGUCAUCUCAAGGUAGCAAAGAAAAAAGCAUAUGGAAACCAGAAACAUCACAGGAUUCGUCAGGUCUCGUUCCAUUUAAAACCAAAGAACCAUCCACUCGGAUCGGGAAAAUACAAGCAAAUUUAACAAUUAACCCAGCAGCCUUGCUGCCUUCAGCGGUUCCCCAGAUCUUGGGAGCAAAACCUGUUUCACCAGAAUUGGCUUUUCCUUCAUCUGAACCUGGAAGGAGCCACGGUCUGGAAAGUAUGCUUCCUGGCAGUGCAGAGGCUGGUGUGAGUUUCGAUCUUCCAGCUCAGGCAGACACCUUACACAGUGCAAACAAGAGCCGUGUCAAAGUGAGAGGGAAGCGCAGACCACAGACCCGUGCAGCCAGGCGGCUGGCUGCCCAGGAGUCCAGUGAGGCUGAGGACAUGAGUCUACCCAGAGGACCCCUUGCACAAUUGGCAGAUGGUGCCAUUUCACCAAAUGGCUGGCAACCUCAGCCUAGAGCAGCCAGUGGAGAGGUCUUUCAGGAGGCAGCUGCUGCUGCUGCUGCUCCACCUUGGGAAAAUAGUCCUGUUCCUGCAAUGGACAGAAGCCCCUUUGCAAAGUCCCUGGGUCAGUCCAGAGGCGAAGCUGACCUGUUUGAUUCUGGGGACAUCUUUUCCAGGGGCCCAGGAUCUCAGUCCAUGGAGAGAUCAAAAGCCAAGGGGAAGGCAUCAGAGACCAUGGCCCACCCACCAGCAGGGAGUAAAGAAAAAAGCCCCCUGUUUCCUGUACUCGGUGAAGCCAGCAGUGAUGAUGAUCUCUUUCAGUCUGUUAAACCAAGACCAGUAAAGAAAGCAAAUCCCUUUCCCCUCUUGGAAGAUGAGGAUGAUCUCUUUACAGAUAAGAAAGGCAAGAAGAGUGAAUCAAAAUCUAAUAGCCAUCAGGAUGUCAUGUCAAAAACAGAAGAUAUUUUUGAGGAUGAUAUAUUUGCUACAGAAGCAAUUAAACCCUCACAUAAAAAAAGAGAGAAGGAGAAAACUUUGGAAUCCAACUUAUUUGAUGAUAACAUUGAUAUCUUUGCUGACCUAACUGUAAAACCCAAAGAAAAGUCCAAAAAGAAAGUAGAAGCUAAAUCUAUAUUUGAUGAUGAUAUGGAUGAUAUAUUCUCCUCCGGUGUCCAGGCUAAGAAAAUCAAACCAAAAAGCCGAUCUGCACAGGUGGCAUCUGAUCCAAGAUCUGAACACAAGGGGUCUAACAUAUUUGAUGAUCCCCUGAAUGCCUUUGGAGGCCAGUAAAGCAUACAGGGUAUCCAUAUCUCACCCUUUAGCUGUGUUCUUCAGUAAAUGAUGCUGUCUUAAUGCUUAUUAUUUUAACCUGAUUACACAAAGCAAACACUGAAACAGCUAGCUCACCAUUUACCCAAUGUACUUGAUAUUUUCUGCACUGAUUUUAACCAUGCUUAAUACUGUAAAACAAAUAAAUGUUUCAUGGAG